AUGAGGUCGCGCCAGCCUUUGGAGACGCACUUGGAUCGGUGGAGCUCAUUGAUGGAGAGGCGGGAGAGGAUCUCCACCAGGAGAUCGUCGGGGAGGCCAGCCACCGCGGUCUUCUUCGGGCGCUCCAUGCCGCUGCGAAUGGAGAAGCAAACAGGGGGUGAGGGUGAUGAGGGCCGCGAGGAGACGAGCGAGCGCGCCGCUGGAAUGGAGGUGGACCGGAGCGUACCGGCGCCAGGCGCCAGAGAAGUCUAUAUGGCCAUUGGUGCCCAACGAUCUGGGUGGUGUGAAAGACGAUAUAUGCAAUCUUCCAACUUGCAUGGUGAAGCUGCACAUACGAAGAUCUCGUUACCAAUACGGUUUCAGAAAGUGAAACUGCAGAAUGCACAGAUGCUUGGAACAUCACAAUCCAGAAUCACAGCGCGCAGGCUAUCAGACCCUAUCCAGAUGCUGUAG